AUGGGUUGUUCUGCUUUCCUUCCAUAUAGCAGCAACAGCAACAGUACUAAGCCCACUGCUACUCCACCAUCCCAAGCUUACCUCUAUGCUGCUUGGACUUUACUCUGCACGUUUAAUGUCUGUGUUGUAUUGGGCAUUGAAAGGACUAUAGCAUCUGGGUUUUGGCCCCUUGACUUGAAUGGCAUCAGCAGAGGCACAGGAAGUGGUAGAAUCACAAAUUUGAUGAGUCGGGUUGUGUUCUUUAUAGGGUUGUAUGAGAUAAUGCUUCAUUGGUCGAGAGUCACAGUGAGACCAGUGUUGGAUGACACGGUGAUAAGGGUAGUGAGGAAGGAAAGAUGGGUGGAAAGGGUUGCCAUGGCUGCAAGCUUUGGUGGGUUGUGGUGGUUUGGUCUGAGGAAAGAGGUGGAAACCAUGGUGGUCAUCCUUGAGGUGAAGCGAUCAGAGCUGUUGAUGAAUGUAGAAUUGGUUGAUCUAGUCAAUUGCUGGGUCUAUUACCUGACUCUAACGAUUGCUUUGGUGAGGCUAUAUUGGGUCUUCAUUUCGCUAGCCAAACCCAUACUCUGUAUCAGUCUUGGAAGAAGCUCUAGUCCAUCUGGUGGUGGUGAUGAUGAUAGCAAGGUCUAA